AUGAGCAAUCAAACGAGAAGAACCGAGCUGGUCGUAAGCAGCACUGGAUAGGAGGUGUCGUGGAGAAGCGAUGGAGCUCUACAACGUCCCCUCUUGCGAUCUCGAUGGGUGGGUCGCUGCCCACCUACAGCCUAGCGAGGAGUUCCUUGACAACGUUCAUGCCGCUGUACAACGACUCUGCAAUUUCUUGAGACAUAAUUUCUCCAUAGACGCCAAAGUAAUCAAGCUGGUAAAAGGCAGUUGUGCAGGGCAGAAAACAGUACUGCAGGACAAUUCAGAUGCCGAUCCAAUUCUGUUUCUCCACUGGUUCUCUAGCUAUGAAGAUCAGAGAGAGAGGUCUGAAUGUGUAAUUGAUUCCCUGAAGCAGGCUCUGAUCCGGGAUGAACGGAGUAUUGCUUACAAGGUUAAUAUCUUAUCUCUAGAAGUAAAGGACAAACCACCACGCUCACUCACACUCACUCUCCAAUCAAAAAAUAAGAAGGAAUCUGUGCAGGUGGACAUCAUUCCAGCAUAUGAUGUUUUAGAGCAGAUAACUUCGACUUACAAGCCACCCCCCAAGGUGUAUGUGGAUUUGAUCCAGGCCAUUAAGGACCCUGGUGAGUUCUUCACUUCUUUCACUGAGCUGCAGAGGAACUUUGUGAAGCAAUGUCCAGAAAAACUAAAGGAUCUGCUGCGUCUGGUCAAGUACUGGUACAAGGAGAACGUCAAAAAAGUUCACCCAUCGUCAUCCUUGCCUUCCAAGUUUGCUGUUGAGUUGCUGACCAUCUAUGCCUGGGAGGAAGGAACAAAAAGGGCAGAAGAAUUCAACAUGGCAGAAGGAUUUUGCGCCGUGAUGAAGUUGCUGGUUCAGUACAAAGAUCUCUGCUUCUACUGGACUGAGUACUACAGUCUUGAGGAUCCCACAAUAGGGGCACAUGUGAAAGAAAAACUGAGGGGGGCACGUCCUGUGAUCAUGGAUCCAGCAGAUCCAACAAGAAAUUUAGGCAUGGAGAAUGGUUGGGAUCUGUUGGCCAAAGAAGCUUCGAUCUGCCAGAACCAGUUAUGCUGCAAGAAAGAUGAUGUUCCUGUUCAGCCCUGGAUUGUGCAGCCCGCUAGAGCUGUUCAAGUGAAGAUGAAACAGCGGAAUGGAGCAAGCCAGUAUCUGUCAUGUAGUCCUUAUGAUACCAUUGGACAGAUUAAAGAAAAGUUUGGAUUAGAAGGGCAUGUCUCCAUCUAUGAGAAGCGCACUGCCUUGCAGGAGCCUGGCGUAGAGAAAACAGUUCUCCAGAAUGAAAGGACAUUUGCAGAUUAUGGUGUGUUCUACAAUACCACUAUCCUGCAACUCCCUACUAAACAAUAGCAGAUAGAAGUUUGUAUGAAAACCUUUAAUGGCAGCACCUUGCCUAGUGAAACUGUUUUGAAUCUGAAAAAUAAAAAAACCUGAAAUUUG